GUAGAUAGACGUCAAUUAAGUUAUUUACGUUAUUUACUCUUAUCUUAUUUAUUUAUUUUAAUGACAAUUAACUUAACGCUUCAUUUUACAAGAAUAUUAUCUAAAAGCUACAAAGUGGCAAGGCAUGAUUUUCGCGCGUUCACUAUGACCACCGACAUGGAAAGUGAUAAUAACUGGCGAGGCGUUCCUUUAACCGAGAUAUGGGGGGCGCAGUCCCCGUGGGGAGCUCCAGAGUUCCCUUUAGUGGCCCCGGCAUUUAACCACACCGUGUUAUACCAUAUUCCGAGCAGCGGUUGCGUGCCGGGCGACCGGCCGCCGAAACCGCAGAACGGACAAGACAAAUGGGACCACGAUUUCGUCAGGAUGCCGUGCUCUAAUCAGAGUUUAUAUCCAGUUGAAGAUAGCUCAGGUGAAACACACUUGAAGAAGCGUUGGGGCUUAAUCCAGAGUGCCCUGUGGAAGCCGAUUCGGAACAGCCAGGAGCUGGCCGAAGCUAUAUUAAGCUACAACACACAGUUCAAAAACACUUGGAAGUUCAGAGCACUACAUAAGCUGUUUAAUGAGCAUUUAGAAGAAGAGGAAUCCCAGUACUUCUUUGAUGUCACAUUGCCCGAGAUAGCUAAACUUGCACUUGAGUUGCCUAAAUUAAUACAGUCCCCAAUACCAUUGCUCAAACAGCACAAAAACCGGUCAAUAUCACUGUCGCAGCAGCAAAUAUCAAGUUUGCUCGCAAACGCGUUCUUCUGUACGUUCCCGCGGCGAAACAGCACCAAGAAGAGUUCAGAAUAUGCCUCUUUCCCGCACAUCAACUUUAAUACCCUUUAUGAAUCAUCGGGAUCAGAUUCCAUCUUAGAGAAGCUCAAGUGUUUGUGCCAUUACUUUAGAAGAGUCUGCACUAAAGCCCCAGUCGGCGCGGUGACGUUCUCGCGCCGCUCGGUGCCGCCGCGGCGCUGCCCGCCCUGGUCACAAUCUACCGCCUCACUCGCAGCAGUUCCUUUACAUGUAGCGGCCGGUGGAACUAUUGAAGAUUCUGACGGUCUGGUGCAGAUGGACUUUGCUAACAAAUACCUCGGCGGGGGCGUGUUGGGAUACGGUUGUGUUCAGGAAGAGAUUCGCUUCGUCAUCUGUCCUGAGUUAUUGGUAUCCAUGCUGUUUACCGAGGUGCUACGGCCGAACGAAGCGCUCAUGAUCAUAGGCUGCGAACGCUACAGCAAGUACUCCGGCUACGGGUCCAGUUUCCAAUGGUCCGGCGACCACAGUGACGCGACGCCGCUAGAUUCCUCGAGUCGGCGUCGCGUGUGCGUGUUGGCGGUGGACGCGCUGCCUUACGCCAACGCGGCGCUGCAGUACCGACCGCCGGCUAUAAUCAGAGAACUCAAUAAGGCCUGGGUUGGAUUCACCUUUUACUCCGAAGACCAGCCCACAAGCGCCCAGUACCCCGGCAUUGCUACUGGCAAUUGGGGCUGUGGGGCAUUUGGAGGCACUCCACAACUCAAGACCCUCAUACAGCUCAUGGCGUGCGCGGAGGCCCGGAGGCCUAUGGCGUACUACACGUUCAACGAUGUGGGGAUUCGGGACGAGUUUGUGAAUAUUUAUAACUUGCUGGCGAGAUAUAAUGUCACUGUUGGCCAACUGUACCAGUUGAUCGCGCGGUUCUGCACGACGGACGUGCGCAAGGGCAACCUGCACGCCUUCAUACAACACGCGCUGAAGAACGGACAACUGCCGCCGUGUCAGACACCGGACACCACGGCAACGGUGCCUGCGAGUGGUGAACGGGCAAGACCGGACACGUCGUUGACGCCGAGUGGUCAGGCGAAACCGACGGACAGUACUACGAGGCAAACGGAGGUGGAGAAUAUGGAUGUUAGUGACACAUUGGACAUGAACGAAAUCGAACUCUCAGAAUCAAUACAAAAGGAGCUCCUCAAACAAUCACCUGACAUGUUCUCCCAAGAUGAGUCGGACUCCCAAGAAACACAACUAUUAAACUACUGUGAAAGUGUGUCUAAAUCAACAAGCACAGAUGUUAACAAAAUGGCGUCCAGUUCAAACAAAAUGGCCACCAGUAAUAGUAAAAGUCUUACUACAGAUUUGUUUGAAGAGAUGAAUAAGCUUGACCAGUCGAAUGGUAAACUAAAUCUGCACACUAAUAUACUGGACGAUUCUGUAAAAAGUAUAAAUGAUUCUAUGGAUACGAGUGAGAGAUCGGAACAAAGUAAAUCGGAUCCCAGUUCGGAGAUGAAGAGGAAGAUGGCUAAGAAAAUAACGGAUUAUUUUAGUAAAAAAGCUAUUUGAUGUAUAUACUGCUUAGUUACUUUAUACUUAUUUACAUCGUAUUUAAGAGUUAGCCUUGUUAACUUUGCAAGUUCUUGGCCUCAAAUAUAAAGUCGAAAUUUUCCGUCUACGGAGGCGAAAAUUGCAAAACAUCUUUGACGUCAACUAUACAGUAUACUUUAGUCUGCAUAGGUACAUAGAAAAAAAUGCUUAGACUAUAAAGCCCUCAUGUUGAGUUCCCUUACAGUAGUGCCUCCACAUUACGGUAAAAUGUAUAUAAAUUUAUUU